AGCGCAGCGGGAGGGGUGCCCGGGUCUCUGGGCUUUCAGCGGGAGGAGCGGGGAGGGUUUCUAGGAGCCCUGCGAGGCUGACCUGCAAUCGCCUUCAGACACAAGGACUGGGAGCCCCGCCAGACCACAGGGCAGGCGCCCAGCAUCCUGGGCUGGGCAAUGUGGGGGGUGGGGGCUCUGGUUUCCAGAACCCGGUGGGAGAACAGGAGAUAGUGCGACUCGAGGUGGCCCUUGAAGGUUGGGUAAAGGGUGGAGACCCAGCCUCCUCGCCGCGUUGGGCCGACAGAAAAAUGCCGCGGUCCGGGGUCCUCGCCUUUAACGCGGCCCCCAGGGAGGAGACGGGAGGGGGAGGGGCGGUGCGGCGCAUGCGCGGCGCGGGCUGGAGCCGCCGGACAGUCCGGCCGCCGGGAGCGCGCAGGAGCCGGCGGGGAACCCCGAGAGCGCCGGGACCCCGCGCGGGGGGCUCUGAGCGGCGCGGCAGACCGGAGCCCCCAGCCUGCCGGCGCCGCUGCCCGCCCGGGGCCCGGGAGCGGAGGCCAAGAUGUCCGUGCCGAAUGUGCUGGCCAAAGCCCUCUAUGACAACGUGGCCGAGUCCCCGGAUGAGCUCUCCUUCCGCAAGGGCGACAUCAUGACCGUGCUGGAGCGGGACACACAGGGCCUGGAUGGCUGGUGGCUCUGCUCACUGCAUGGGCGCCAAGGCAUAGUGCCCGGAAACCGCCUUAAGAUCCUUGUGGGCAUGCACGACAAGAAGCCAGCAGGACCCGGACCCGGCCCACCCGCCACCUCGGCCCAGCCCCAGCCUGGCCUCCACGCCCCAACUGCCCAGUACACACCCAUGCUUCCUGCCACAUACCAGCCCCAGCCCGAUAGCGUCUACCUGGUACCCACCCCCAGCAAGACUCAGCAAGGCCUCUACCAAGCCCCUGGGCCCAGCCCACAGUUCCAGUCUCCCCCAGCGAAGCAGACAUCUACAUUCUUGAAGCAGAUGCCCCAUCACCCUUUUCCCAGCCCAGCCCCAGACCUUUACCAGGUGCCCCCAGGGCCCGGCAGCCCCGCCCAGGACAUUUACCAGGUGCCACCUGCUGCCGGGACAGGGCAUGACAUCUACCAGGUGCCCCCAUCUAUGGAUGCACGCAGCUGGGAGGGGACGAAGCCACCAGCGAAGGUGGUGGUGCCCACCCGUGUGGGGCAGGGCUAUGUGUUUGAGGCCUCCCAGCCGGAGCAGGACGAGUACGACAUCCCCCGCCACCUCCUAGCCCCGGGGCCCCAGGACAUCUACGAUGUGCCCCCAGUUCGGGGUCUGCUUCCCAGCCAGUAUGGCCAAGAGGUCUAUGACACGCCACCCAUGGCUGUCAAGGGUCCUAACGGCCGGGAUCCAUCACUGGAUGUAUACGAUGUACCCCCCAGUGUGGAGAAGGGCCUGCCGUUGUCCAACCACCAUGCGGUGUAUGAUGUUCCUCCGUCAGUGAGCAAGGACGUGCCUGAUGGCCCACUGCUGCGUGAGGAGACCUAUGACGUGCCCCCCGCCUUUGCCAAGGCCAAGCCCUUUGACCCGACCCGCCACCCUCUGGUCCUUGCUGCGCCUGCUCCGGACGCUCUGCCGGCCGAGGAUGUGUAUGACGUGCCUCCCCCCGCUCCUGACCUCUAUGACGUGCCCCCCGGCUUGCGGCGGCCCGGUCCUGGCACCCUGUACGACGUGCCCCGCGAGCGGCUGCUUCCUCCCGAGACGGCUGACGGCAGUGCGGCCGACGACAGCGUGUAUGCGGUGCCACCACCUGCCGAGCGGGAGGCCCCAAGCGAGGCCAAGCGGCUGUCGGCCUCCAGUACCGGGAGCACACGCAGCAGCCAGUCGGCCUCCUCGCUGGAGGCCGCCGGGCCGGGCCGCGAGCCCCUGGAGCUGGAGGUGGCCGUGGAGGCCCUGGUGCGGCUGCAGCAGGGCGUCGGUGCCACCGUGGCCCAGCUCCUGGACCUGGCGGGCAGCGGCGGGGGGGGCUGGCGCUGCGCCGCCGAGCCUCAGGAGCCGCUGGUGCGGGACCUGCGUGCCGCCGUGGCCGCCGUCCAGGGCGCCGUCCACGAGCUGCUGGAGUUUGCCCGCGGCGCCGUAGGCAAUGCCGCCCACACCUCUGACCGCACUCUGCAUGCGAAGCUCAGCCGGCAGCUGCAGAAGAUGGAGGAUGUGUACCAGACGCUGGGGGCCCACGGUCAGGCCCUCGAUGGUGGCCGGGGAGGCCCCGGGGCCACUCCCGAAGACCUGGACCGCCUGGUGGCCUGCUCACGGGCUGUGCCCGAGGAUGCCAAGCAGCUGGCCUCCUUCUUACAUGGCAAUGCCUCGCUGCUCUUCAGACGGACCAAGGCCCCCGUGCCAGGGCCGGAGGGGGGCGGCCCCCUGCACCCCAACCCCAUCGACAAGGCCAGCAGCAUCCAGUCCCGGCCCCUGCCCUCACCCCCUAAGUUCACCUCCCAGGACUCCCCAGACGGGCAGUAUGAGAACAGUGAGGGGGGCUGGAUGGAGGAUUACGACUAUGUCCACCUGCAGGGGAAGGAAGAGUUUGAGAAGACCCAGAAGGAGCUGCUGGAAAAGGGCAACAUCAUGCGGCAGGGGAAGGGCCAGCUCGAGCUGCAGCAGCUGAAGCAGUUCGAGCGACUGGAGCAGGAGGUGUCCCGGCCCAUAGACCACGACCUGGCCAACUGGACGCCGGCACGGCCGCUGGCCCCGGGGCGGACGGGCAGCCUGGGGCCCUCAGACCGGGAGCUGCUGCUCUUCUACCUGGAGCAGUGCGAGGCCAACCUGACCACACUGACCAACGCGGUGGACGCCUUCUUCAGCGCCGUGGCCACCAACCAGCCGCCCAAGAUCUUCGUGGCGCACAGCAAGUUCGUCAUCCUCAGCGCCCACAAGCUGGUGUUCAUCGGGGACACGUUGUCGAGGCAGGCCAAGGCGGCCGACGUGCGCAGCCAGGUGACCCACUACAGCAACCUGCUGUGUGAUCUCCUGCGUGGCAUCGUGGCCACCACCAAGGCCGCUGCCCUGCAGUACCCGUCGCCUGCCGCUGCCCAGGACAUGGUGGACAGGGUCAAGGAGCUGGGCCACAGCACCCAGCAGUUCCGCCGGGUCCUGGGCCAGCUGGCAGCUGCCUGAGAGCCGGUGACCGCAGGGAUGCGGGUCAGGGGAGGAGGGCACCUGCCCUGAGAGAGUCGCCAUGCUGCAGGUGCGGGGACAGGUGCCCCAGCUCUGUCCGGGCCUGGUGCCCCAGACUGUCCAGGGCUUUGUACAUAGUUAGGAUGGGGCAGGAUAUGGGACCACGCCUCCUCAGAGGAGCCCAAGCAGAGCUGGGCCCCUGGGAGCCAAGGCUGAGGAGUGAGCUGGUUGUCUUCCCUGCAUACACGGGGGGCCGGGGCCCAGAGAGCCCUGGGCCAUGACCCUCAUGGCCUCAGAGGACCCCUUGAGCUAAUCCUAGCCCCACAGGGGUGCCAGGUCCCCCGUCCCCCCACAGCACAAGCGCCACUGUACCAGGAGAAAAACUCUAAAACACUAUUUUUCAUUAUUGGUUUUCCAAUCAUUUGACUAAUAGUCUACAUUUAAAUAAAAUUUUAAAAAUGAAAAGCCUCUGGUGUGAGAGGUGUGAGAGCCAGGAAGGCUCAUGGAUGUGAGCAGCUGUGUCCUUGCUCUCAGAUGCCAUGGGGUAGGAGCUGCAGGUUGAGGCAAUUCGGGCUGAGGCUGUGGGCGGCUUCCCGGGAGGGUGAAGAAAAAGUGGGUCCCUUCAGGAGAAAACCAAGGCCCUGGGACACAGGGCUGGGCCAGGGAUCUUCUGCAAGGUGGGAGCAGGUCUGCCAAUGGCCCCAAGACCUUGGGAGUCCAGGCUGCUGGAGAGAAGUUGAGCCGUCCUCCGACAGCAGGGCCCAAGCGCGCUGGCCGAGGAGGGGUGCGGGCCGCGGCGAGGUUGGCAGAAAGCCAGCGUGGACGGAAGCAGCUCCAGGAGCGCACCGGGCUCUCUUGGAGCCUACGUUCCGGGGCAGAGAACCCGCCGAGGGCACCACGGAAACUCGUUUUCACAGACCUUGCCCAGAACUUGGCUCUGAGAGAGGAGCUCAUUAUUUCAGCUGUGGGACUUCUUCCAGAGCAUCUUUUCUGGAAUUACACAUAGACUUGGCCUCCAAGUUGGGGUUUGGGGUCCGCCCUUGACCUGAGUCAUUGUAUGUCCUCCCCUGGCCUCUCGGGGUAUGUCCAGCACCGUGGGGGAGGCAAGAACCCUGGGACUCAGGAAGGUGCGGCUCCUGGCGCUGUCUCUUGUGCAUGUGAACUUGGGCCUCGGUCUCUCUAACUCUACGAAGAAAGGGCAGGAUCUGUCAGCCCUCUUGGCUCUCAACUUUACAGCGGGGACCCCAGUGAAGGCAGCCAUCCUUUUCACCACCACCCCCCCCAGCACCCUGGGGUGAGGACACAGAAGUGAAGAGGCAUGUGGUUGCUCUCAGGGUUUUACCUGGGUUCUGCAGAAGGGGCGGUGGGUGGGGGUUCAUUUGGUCUCCAGAACCUCGAGAACCCAGGGAUUGAACUCAGUGACAUGGGUAUACACCCCUGGUGAGAAUGGGUGGCACCAGCUACUGCCCCAGGACACGAUGCCCACCAGGGUCCAGGCUCCGUCCUUCUGGCAGACCAGGGGGCCACCAGAGUCGCCCUGCAGGAGGAGAAAGGACUUGUUCCAAAGCCCGAAGUGGGGUGCCAGGUUCCCAGCGUGCCCUGACCUGCCCCAGCCCAGGUUCUGUGCAGAGAAAUGACCAGGGUGGGCACAGUGACUGAGCAGGAGACCCUUCCAUGUGGGCCCCACGGCAGCCCCAGCUCCGUCACCGACUCCGGGACGGCCUGGGGCAGGUGGCCGACCCUCUGACCCGGCCAGCGUCUGUACAGUGGGCCGGAAACCUCCACCACCCCAUCGCCCCCUACCCCCCCCCGCCCCGCGGCGGCUGGCGGGAAGAUGCCACGGCGCCCGGAAGCCCCGCAGCACGCCCCGGCCAGAGCGAGCCCUGGGUCCGAGGCACCUGCUGGGCGGGUCCGGGCUUUGGCCGGGCCAGCUGGCGGGAGCGAGCGGGAGGAGACGCGCGCAGAAAGGAGCCGCGCUCCCCGCCUGAGCAGGGGCGGGGCGAGGUCCGCGAGCGCGGGCGGGGGUGGUGGAGCCGGGCCGCACCUUGCAGGAGGAGACCCCGCUGGCGCCGGCGCAAAUCAUCACAUCGCUGAUCUUGCUGCCCCAGAACUUCUGGCACUCGGCGUUGGACAGGAGGGGCAGGGCCGCCUGCUGCAGCUUGUCGGGGGUCUUGUUGGCUGGAGGGACACAGCAGGCCGGCGGGGGUCAGGGCCCCUCCCCCGCCCACCCCACAGCGGAAGCCGCCGCCGAGGGAGCCGCGGGGGAAGGGGAGACCCGGCCGGACCCCGGGGCCAGCGGGGCACGGCCACCGGCCUCGAGUCCGGGGACGAUUUCCAGGCCUGGAAAUGGGGCAAUGUGGACCUGGCUGCAAGUUCGUGAGGGCGAUGCUUGCUGGUACGUAGGUGUUUCUCGGCAAGUUAGUCUUCAAGUAUAGAGCGCUUAAACUCAUCUCUAUUCAUGUUUGGUAGGUUUUUCAUUAAGAGGGUUUUAAAUAAAGAAAU